AAUCGGAAAGUGUAUAAUCAUUGAACGCCAUAUUUUUUCAACUUCAUUCUGGAAAAAAGUCAUCAUGUGGAGUACCAUUUUCUUGCAAAGUUUUCAAUAGUAUUUGAUAGUAGUAGAUUUGGAAUAUUGUCUUAUUUUAAAGUACGGUAUAAUCUAUAUAUUGUGAGCAAGGGAGCUGUAAUAAAACGUUGGAAUAGUGCAAUCAUCCUCCGUUUUAAGCCGCAACAUUUGACGCCAUGGAUUUCUCACCGAGUCCAGAGAGUGACACUUCUGGCUACUAUAGGAAUCGCAACCACCGGGACGAUCGGGACCGAGGCAACCGUGGACGCUCAAAGGAACGUCACUAUCGAAGCAGCCGGUACAGUCGCAGUCGGUCUAGAUCCUACAGUCGCGAGCGUUAUAUUAGCAACAGUAACCGUAGAAGCCCGGAAAGAGAUCUUUACAGGGACUUGAUCGAUCAGGAUUAUGGUGAUAACUCAUAUGAUAACAGUUUUUGCAGAGAUCGCUAUCGGCACAGGAGUCGUGAUCGAGACCGUCGUUCGCGUGAAAGAGAUCGCAAGGAUCGUGAUAAACAGAACAAGAGAAACAACUAUUCACCUGUUCACAAUGCGAAUGACUUCGAUGAUAACUACGACAGUGGCGAUAAUCAAGAGUUUUUCUAUCAGCAAAAGCCAAACAACAAAAUUAUCAUUCGUGGAUUGGCUGCUCAUAUAACUGAAGCCGAUAUCAACAGUGACCUUAUCCAAUGUGGUCUACAAGCUUUGCAUGUACGACUGAUCCGGAGAAAAAGAACAGGUGCAUCGAGAGGUUUCGCAUUUGUCGAGUUCCGCACAGAAGAGGAAGCAACUCGCUGGAUUUGCUACAAACAGGGUAUGCUCAUUUUCAACGAUCAUCGUGCUGUCAUGCAGUACACCUACUCGCUACCAGCCGAAAUGCGUGCGAAGGAUAAACCACCAACUGACUGGUACUGCGCAAAGUGUGGUGUUUUCAACUUCAAACGUCGUGAAAAUUGCUUCAAAUGUUUUGCCUCACGCGAGGAGAGCGAAAAAGGUGGCGAAGGUAGUGAUGAAAUUAGUAGUAUUUUAACUAAGAAGAUCAUGCUGAGAAACUUGGACGUACUGACGAAUGAAGAAAGUGUACUCUGUACUAUGCAAGAGAAGGUUCCAGAACUAGUGUCGAAAAUUUCCAAAAUUAUGAUCUGUAGAGAUCCGUUGACCCAGACUUCGCGGGGCAUUUGCUAUUUGCAUUUCGACAACCUGCUCGAUUCAAUGAACACGUACAACGCUUUAAAAGCAAUCACUCCGAUUCUGAAAAUCGACAGCCGAGAGGUUUUAAUUACAUAUUGCGUUGAUGCCGAAAAUCGGAACCUCAUCAAGGGCGCUAAUAGCAAGACCGCAAAUAAAUGCGACUACUAUCAGGAUCCGGCAACUGCCAUAGCUGCAGCCGCUGCCGCUGGGCCUUAUCCGAGUAAUUAUGAGUACACGCUAGCGGAUGUUCCACGUCUAGCAGAGUAUAGUGCAUCGGUAUAUGCUUCUAACCCGACAGAACACGAACAUUAUCUGCAAUUCUAUACUAACUACUAUGUUACGCAAAUUUCUCAGGGCCAAAUGACCAGCUUACCAAGCGAAGCUCAACUUGGCGAGACUGCAAAUUCUGGUGCAGCUGUCGCACAAUCUGCCUUAGCUCGCAAACAAAGCAAAAACAAAUCUGAAGCUUCGUCAACAGCUUCAACCAGCACAUCGUCUAACCCAGCCGCAAUCAUCGCACCUCAGCCGUUGCAAAUACCUAACGGCACCGAUGGUAAAAAAUAUCCUGCCCCAGAUGUCUCCCAAUAUCAGUACGAUGAAACUUCCGGUUUCUACUAUGACCCAUCGACGGGACUGUAUUACGAUUCCAACUCACAGUACUACUACAACAAUGAAACCUGUUCCUAUCUUUACUGGGACACCGAAAACAGCACAUACGUGGCAGCCCCAUCCACAUCGACCGCCGCGAGUACAGCAACGGAUUCUACGGCGGCAGCUGCUAAUGGAGAUAAGACUGAGAAAACCAAAUCGAAAGAUCAGCCUCACGACAAGGUGAAGGUGGCGAAAAAGAUCGUUAAAGACAUGGAGAAGUGGGCGAAACAACUCAACCAGAAGAAAGAUUAUAGCGUACUGCAGCCACCUGCUAAAGUCGAAGAGGCUACCCUGUACUCAUCACAAGGUCAAAUUUCUGGUAAGCCUGUUGAGUCCAGUGGAGGCUACGCGGACGUAGGGUUCUCUUUACUGGAGAAGAAACAAACCACACAAGCAGUGUCCAACUUUCUCAUGGGACAAGCUAAAGCAGCAACGAGUAAAGCAAACAGUAAUCUGGUAUCUCAAUAUGGUUCCGAUUCUGACAAUGAUGGCGAAGAAGCUCUAAGUGAUCGGGAUUAUGUAGAUUUCGAAAAGCUCACCUGUCUUCUCUGUAAACGUGCAUUCCAAUCACAGGAAAUACUGAACAAGCAUUUGAAAAUGUCUUCAUUGCACAAGGAAAAUUUACAAAAAUUCAAUUUACAAAGGGGAACAGGUGCAUCCAGCGGCAUGACGAACAAGGGGGGAUCUUAUAGAGAUCGUGCAAAGGAACGGCGGUUAAAGUAUGGAGAAGCAGAUCCACCACCAGUUAAUAAGAGCAAGGAACGCUUCCAACGAGAGCUAGAAAAGCAAACACAAGCAGCUUUUACCCCAAAUAUAGCAUCAGUUCCGAUAAGUCAAAGUAAUGUAGGGAACAAACUCCUGCAAAAGAUGGGAUGGUCUGAAGGACAAGGACUUGGUAGAAGUAAUCAAGGUCGUACCAACAUUAUUGAGACUGAAACGCGGGUUGCAAACGCUGGUUUGGGUAUCAAAGCUUCACAGUAUGGAAAUACCGGAGAUGAUUACAAAACGUACAUCAAGAAGAUGAUGAAAUCUCGAUACGAACAGGUCGAUGUGAAAGACUAAAAGCAUGGUAUAGCUUCCGCCAAUCUGAGCAAUGGUCGUGGCUUUUUUUAAAUAUAGUUAUUAUGUUGUACAAUAUGAAGUUAUAAUUUAUAGGUUGCAAUUUAACUAUUUGAUAGUAAAA